AUGUCAGGGAUUGACAUCUUGGGUUUGAAGGAUCCAAACCCGAACACCCAACUCAGAACGGCCUAUGCGCACCCGUAUGCAUCGUCGGUCUCUUCCUCCGCCUCCUCCUCGUCCUCUUCGGUCUUCUCGCUGGAUGGCGUGUCCACCCAGAGUUCGAUCUCUUCAACCUCGACGAACCCGGUUGAUGUGAUCUGGGAGAAUGAUGGCGAAUACCAGGCUGGAGGAAGAGGGUUUGCCGCGACACACAGUGCGCGUGGUUGUUUUAGGGGGGGUGUCCCCAAAGUCACUGAUCCUGCGGUUCCGCCGGAGUUACGUAAGCAUCCUCGGCGGACCAACAAUUCGAUCCAGUCGAACGGCGUGUCUUGCGCGCGGCCUCCGCCCUGUCUCUUGCGACAGUCGGAACGCAAGGUCAACUUUGUCGAUAAUCUUGUCGACACCGCGUCGCAGAUCGUCGAGGUCAUCUGGCCCCUGUCGGCUGUCUCCUUGCGGAGUGAUUCGGCGACCGGAUGCAAAGGCGUCUUGCCUCUGCGGACGUUCAUCCAGGAGACCCUCCGUCGCUCGCGCACAAGCUAUAGCACACUUCAAGUGGCGCUGUACUACCUGAUCAAGAUCAAGCCCCACGUGCCGAGUCAUGAUCUGACGCAGGACCAAUCACGAGGCAAGCCAGUUUGCCGGGCCAUGCAGUGUGGUCGGCGCAUGUUUUUGGCGGCUCUGAUCCUCGCAUCCAAGUAUCUACAAGAUCGGAACUAUUCCGCUCGUGCCUGGAGUAAAAUCUCGGGCUUGAACACGCUCGAGAUCAACCAGAACGAGUUGAUGUUCCUUGAGGCGGUGAACUGGCGCCUUCAUAUCCCCGAGGCCCUUUUCCAGCGGUGGACGGAUAUUGUCUUGAAGUUCACCCCCGGCGCUGGCAUGGCUUUUGCCGACGGGCAGUGUUGGCGUACCAUUAUCCACAGGCUCACCCCCGACUUGAAGGAUUUCGAUGUCAGCCCUGCAACGCCUUCGAGCAUGGAAUCGUUUGGGCCCCGCUCGGUGUCCGACUCUCCGUCCCCUCGUAGCACCACGUUCCGCAGGGAUCUUCCCGGUCUUGCAACGAACGAACCCCUCAGCUUGCCCUCCAUCCAGGAAACAAUGUCGACAUGUGGUCGUCCUGUGGCGUUGGAAUCGAUCUCUCGUGGAGAGACGUCGCUUCCUUCCCUUCCGUCAUUGCCAUCCAUGCCGCGACCGGCCAUGUUGCCCACACCCCAGAUGACCCCACAGUCAAGCAUCGCCUCCACUCCUGCAGUGAGUGCUGGUGGUAUCCCUGCGCACCGACGGUACUUGCAGACUGCUAUGUCUGAGACGCAAAACAUGUGCACGGCGCGGUCGAUCUACGACCAGCGCCCGUCGCUACCGCUUUGCCCUAAGGCUAGCACGUUCGAUGGCUACCCCAACCUGGUGCGUCGGUCAUCUUUGGCACGAAGUGCUUCCUCUGCAUCUUCCCCCGAUUCGAUGGUCUCGGAUGUGUCGACUUUGUCAUCGCGAUCCUCGCGGUCGUCAUCCAUGUCUUCGAAUGCAUCCGGUCCUACCGGUAUGGCUGCUUUGCCUCGCCUGGCUGUCCAGGCUACGCUUCGUUGCACUGGUAAUUCUCUGAAGGAGGGCCGCAAGAACCUUGCUAUCACAUCACCUAUCGAUGAAGGGGCGCUCGGAGACAUCUUCAGCUCCCCUGAGACUUAUGGCGGUCCUCUCAGCCAAGUCCCGGAUUUGUCGGGUUACUCCUUGGAGCCCCCGGUGGAUCUCUCCUCUGCCCACGAAGCGGCGCAGAGCCUUUGUGAGCUGUCCGGUGCUGUCCCACGUCUCCAGCAGACGGCUGAGGAGCGGGGCAUUGGCCAGCGCUCGUGCCGCAAGCGUGGUCGCACCGGAUCUGAGGAUCUCUUGUUGCAGGGCCAUGUCCGUCAUCUCAUCAAGUCCAACACGAUUGCUGAGGGUACUGUGUUGCCUGAUGGAAACAUGGCUAGUCUGUACCUCAAAUCUGAUCCUCGCCGUUCGCAAACCCUCACGGCUGCUCAGUUGAGUGCUUUGAACUACAACGUGCCGCUCUCGGGCCCAGCUGGCAUGAAACGUGCUUGCUGCGGGAGCGAAGCCAGGAAGAUUGCACUCAACCCAACCAUGCGGGCAGACUACUAG